AUGUCAGAUCUAAACCUGGAGGACGACAGCUCUGCUGGAUGGACUCUGAGGAGAAACACAAGCAAACAACAGAGGACUCAGUGUGGAGAUGGGUGGGGGAAAUCAGCUGGUUCUUUCUGUAACAUCAGCUACAUCUACACAUGGGAGAGUGGAGUUUACUGGUGUGAGUCCAGAGAGGGUCCCAUCAGUAACAUGGUUAACCUGACAGUCACUGGUGGAUCAGUGAUCCUGCAGAGUCCUGUCCUCCCUGUGAUGGAGGGAGAUGACGUCACUCUGCUCUGUAAAACAAAGACCACUCCCUCCAACCUCCCAGCUGCUUUCUAUAAAGAUGGCUCCCUCAUCAGGAAGCAGCCUACAGGUCACAUGACCAUCCAGCAUGUUUCCAGGUCUGAUGAAGGCCUCUACAAGUGUGACAUCAGCGGUCAUGGAGAGUCUCCAUCC